UGUACGUCGCCGGACAAGACCAGAGGCGGCGAGGGAGCUGCGAGAGUGAAAGUGAGUGUGCUCGCCUGCAAGUGCACUUUGCACCUUGCACGUGACGGGUGCCGGAAGGUGGGAGGCACCGCGGUGCUUUCCGCAGAAAGCGGUCGGAGUCAGUGGCCCAAAACCAAUCAAGGGCGACGCACUUGCCGUUGCGGUGUGCGUUCGCCAAAACGAUCGGCCGAGUGCCGAAAUCGGAUCCGAACGAGUGUCGUGGACACAAAGUAAAACGCGCCCCUCGGGGCCGUUUGGUGUCUAGGAACGGCUUCGUGGAGCCAACCGGGGCGUCAUUCCGGACGGCGGCUCAAACACCACCCUGAGCUUGCCGAAUGACCUCGUCAAUUGGGUCACUGCACGAGCCACUCACAUUUCACGUUUCACCCUUCGGGUUUGAGAGAGUCAACGAGCAGCAAGAGAGAACGACUCAUCAAAUGGACAUCGACGAAUAAGUACCAUUUUUGAAAGUGCACUUUUGAUAUUGUAUCCAAUUCCUUUUCCUACCCUUUUUUUAUAUUGAUACACUAAUUUCAUUACAUUACAUUCAUACUAAUUAUUAUCAUUAAAAUUUUACAAUAGAGUUUUGCAUAUUUUACUACCUGCAAAAUUAAUUGUAACUUUGGUCUUCUUUUUUAUUGCGAUACGAAUCUCCAAAUUAUUUUCAACAGUUCAGUCAGUUUGCACAUUUCAGGAGCCACCAGAAAACGAACCCUGGUUUAGUUUUUUUAUUUUGAAUUUUGAGAAUUUAAUUGAGCAUAAUGUGUAGCAGCAUUUAAAUCUGUUACUGGCAUCCCAACAUAGAAGAAGUUUCCAGAAAGAACUAAGUAACGUUAUAUGGCAUCCCUUUUAAAUUUUCUGCGUGGCUAGUCGAGUAGUCGGAAUUUAUUCGGUCGUCUUGCGUGCGCGGGGCGUGUUGACGUGCGAGUCUCGAACCGGAGGGCCGUUAUUGUUUCGGUAUUUUGUGUUUUUCGGUCGGCGUUUGCUAAGCGAGCGACAUCGCGAUCGGGCCGCUUGAGCGUUAUUUGGAUUCCGUAGUGCAUUCGUGGCUAGCGUGAAAUUCUAAAUUCCUCUUGCGUGUAUUGCAUUGUUAAUUUUUAUUUAUUUUCUUGUUGCGUUUGAAAUAUUUAGUUUUGUUUUGUGUUGAUUUUUAUUGUUAAAAUGGAUAAUUUCAAGAUCGAAUUUGAUCGUUUGAAUGAAGAAUUUGUGCGGCAUGAGUGCGUGGCGUUAGGAAUAGAGAUUGGCGAGAAAAAUAUCACAGCCUUGCGAGCUGAAUUAAAAGCAGCACACGACGCGUUUGCGAGUGGGGCCCGCGAGAGGCCGGUGAUUGUGGAAACUCCAGCCGUCGUGGAGGAGCUGAAUUUCAUUUCCGUUCAAGUCGGGACAGUAAAAGCAAGGGUGCAGGACGUCGCCAACGCAAAGUCUGCCACCGAGGCUCGGAAGGUGCGAGCGCAGAUUGCAUAUUUGCGCGAGUGUCUUUUGAGGCUGAAGCCUGCGGAGGGCGCGGAGCGUUGCAAGGGCUUAGUUUCGACUUUGUGGGAGCACUUGCGUGCGGCCUUUAAUGUUUUGAGGGGCGUACGCGAGGAGGACCCUGAGCAGGUCGGAGGUGAGCAGGCGCAGGCGAACGCGGCUCUCUUUGAUGAGCUAAACGAGACUGUGGCCGCGCUGGGUGACGUUGCCCAGCCGGAAAUUGACCUUGACCAGGGGGGAGGGGGGUUGCGUGCCCAAUCCACCCCGAGGCCACAGCCAUCGUGGUUUGAUGACGUACUAUUGUAUUUGCCAAUGCGUUUUGACGCGCAGAGAAAUGAACCGGUGCCACUUCUUGCAGAUGCGGCAGCCGGCGGACUUCGCUCUUUUCCCGAGCCACGGAGAGCUGGAAAAAUGAUUCCAGUGGCGGACUGGAAAAUUCAGUUCUCCGGCGAGGCGAAAGAGAAAGUGUCGUUUGCUGAUUUUUUGUUUGAAGUGUCGCUGAAAAGAGAGGAGUGCAAUUUGUCCGAGAGCGAGUUUUGGCGCGGCGCGCACAAUUUGUUCACGGGCCCGGCAAAAACGUGGUUCAUUGCGAAUCGCGGAAAGUGGGCGUCGUGGAGUGAAUUUGAGCCGGAAUUUUUGCAGAAUUUCAAACCCGCCAAUUUUGAUUCGCGACUGUGGCAGCAGCUUCGAUUGAGAACGCAGGGGAGGGAAGAGCGAUUAAAUCUUUAUGUGGCGGAAAUGCAGAGGAGCUUUUCUCUUCUUGAAUUUCCACCACAUGAGGCGGAGCGUUUGUCUUUCCUCAAGGAGCGACUUAAUCCGUUUUUAUUAAAAAACCUGCCACUGUCAAAAAUCAAAACGUUGGACGAGUUGGUGGCUGAAGGCCUGAAAUUAGAGUCGGUUCAGUCGCUCAUUGACAAUUAUCGCGAACCAGUGGCACCAGAUAACCCAGUGCAGCCGAGCCUGGUGUAUAAAAAGCCAAAUUCAAGGGCCGCGGAUUCGGGCAAGGCGAGUGCCGCGAAGGCAUCGCAAUCGAGUGACAGUCAGCCGAGGGCGCGCGCUGCAACUGUAGCAGUUGAUGGGACGGUGGCGAAGGGAGACAAUCGGCCGAAUUGGACCCAGGGUGGGGCUAAGGGGUCGAAUUUUGUCCCCGGCUCAAAGCAGCCACAUCCAGCUUUUGCGCGAGCAAAUUCUGACCCCGGGCGUGCCAGGAGGUGUUGGAAUUGUGCUCAGCCGGGGCACACUUACGUCUACUGCCCCUCAAAAGUUGUGAAUUUCUUUUGUUGGGGAUGUGGUGCUCAGGGUGUGUCCCGCAAGACGUGCAAGAAUGAGAAAUGCCGCCGUGCAAAAAACGUGCAGGAGGGCCCUGCUGGAGGCAACACGCAGCCGAGCAGGCCCGCAAACAGUGCAGACGGACCGGCUGCGAGUGGAGCCGCUUCGUAGGAAAGAUCCGUAUUG